CUGUACUGGUGCGUGGACGUGUGGACGUGUGCAGUGCGCGUCAGGCGGUUCCCGGAUGCUCCAAACAGAAACAUGGAGCGGGUGGUGGUGGAGGUGCCGAUCGACAACGGUUUUUCCCUCGCUGGCCCUUCCACAACCCCGCGAAAGCGUCAGGUGCGUUUCUCAGCUCGGCAUGACAUCAUCCUUCUGCGGGAGGUCAUCGCCCAGAACCCCUUUGCCUCCAAAGAACCAGGCAGAAUCUGGGCCCGUGUGGGGGAAAUUAUCACCGGUGUCCUUCAAGAUGAAAACUUUGAGGUGGACGCCAGGAGGUGUCGGGAGAGGACCAUGCUGCUGCUAGACUACUACAAGAAGCAGGAUUUCCCCAGCCUGCGCAGGUUCGGAACAGAGAGGCUGUAUGCCCAAAAGGAAGAUCUGCUCCAUGAGGUUUUGGAGCUGGAGGCUGAGAAGGGGCUGCUCACCAGUGGCCAUGAAACAAAGUACCAGGAUGAUGAGCUGAGGAAGCGAGUCAUCGAAGAAUUAAUUCUCCCCGAGCAGGACAAACCCAACAUCCAUAUCACACAGUCACCAGCUGCAGAUAAUGAUCGAGAAGAAAUCCCGGAUAUGUCAGCGGCACCCACAGCCAAGCAGCCGUGCCAGUGCUGCUGCCAGACCUACUCUGAGAUCCUCAGCUUCCUGGAGAAACGCUCAGAGGCAGAGCAACGCCUGCGAGAGGAGGAGCUUGCCCUUCGUCGGGAGGAACUAGAGAUUCAGAGGAGUAAGAUCGCUCUGGAGAGGGAACGUCUGGGAGCCGAGAGAAAAGAGAGGGAACGGAGAUUUGAGCUGGAGAGCCAAGAGAGGCAGGUCAUCCUGGACCUGUUAAAAGAGAAGGUGCUGAAACGCUGACAGGGAGAGCGAACCUGCAUCACCUGCUCUUUUAGUGCCAUCUUUGAAAAAUGAAAGUCAUCAUGAAGUAAAGGGAAGUUAACAAUGUUGACUGCAAUAAGGAAGCAAGGAGUGAAAAAAGUGAUCAUAGAGACAAAAGUGCAUUGAGAUAUCAAAUGAAGGACAGUGAUGUGAUGUGCCAUCACCUUUGUUGGUCUUUACAGUCAAGCAAGAAAGUAAAGUGAGUGUGUGGGUUUGUGAAGGUACAUGUUGUAUGUGUGUAUGGUUCAGGCAUCAAUAUUUCAGCUGCACAGAAGCUGAUGCAUAUACAGUAGAUCCCAAUAGAAACUCCCAGUUUUACUCCUCGGGACACAGUGUGCAUGAGAAAUCGAAUGCAGAAAAGGUUGUUGUCUUGGCUGUGAUGAACACUGCACUGGAGGAUUACCACAUACCAGGAUGGCCGCUUGCAGUAAAAGUGGAUUAGCAGAUUUUCCUGUGUGACCAACAGCAAUGUGUUUUCCUGAGUCCCAUUGACAGUGUGAGGAACAUCAUUAUUUGUGGUGACAUGAUGGAAAAAAUGAAAAAAUACCUUAGUAAAGAUGUAUAAUUAAACAAUUAACAUGUAGCUCAAGCUUCUGCAAACCCUGUAACAUUUACAGAUGACUGUGAGCCACAAAGUAAACUUUAUUUUACUGACUGUGAAUACACUUGGAUUAAUAUGCACUUUUGUACUGCUAAAGCUCACACUAAAAUGAGCCGGGACAUGUGUGCCCAUAUUAUAUAGAUAUACAGACACUGUAUACUAUUUUUACUGAAGGUAGAUUUAUAGCUAUAAUGUCACAUGGUGUGUAUAUUUAUUUUGUUAUAAGAUUUAAUGUCACCAUCUUGUUAAUUUGCCAGAUAUAAAUACAGUUAACUGGCAUUGGCUAAUGUAGGGCCUAUUAGGUAAACAUGUUCUCAGUGAUGGGAGCACUUUUAUUUACGUGUUCCACUGAUCCACAUGUUGUUUAUUGUGCUUAUGAGUUCUUAAAAAUAUAUGGUUUUAAUCACACGACAUUCUCUGCUGUGAUCUUCAGUAUAUUAUUCUAUUUGAAGAAGCUAUAAAAUCUAUAACAAAAUUUAAAG